UCAACAACAACAACACCACCACCCCAGCCAUCCCCAUCCUCAUCGCCCUACCCCUUCGCCGCAGCCCCCGACAUCGUCCGCUCCCACCAGAAAGACGCCUACUUCACCGGCAACCUCGCAAACUCCCUCACCGACCUCCACCGCCGCCUCUUCGGCGCCCGCUCCGCCCACGCCCUCGCCCCGGAGCUCCGCACCGCCGCCUCCCUCCUCUACUUCGGCCUCACCACCCUGCCCGGCAACCGCACCCUCGGCGAGGAGUACUGCGACCUCGUCCAGGUCGACGCCUCGGCCCGCCUCGCCCUCCCCGCCUUGCCCUCCCGCGCCGCCUACAUCGCCGGCACCAUCCUCCUCCCCUACCUCGCCUCCCGCGCCCUCCCCGGCCUGCGCGCCCGCCUGCGCCGCCUCAUCGACCGCCGCCUCGCCGCCCUCCGCCAGCAGGACAAGGCCAAGACGCGCCAGGCCCGCGUCCUCGAGUACCUCUCCGCCCACCUCUCCUCCCUCACCUCCGCCGCGCCCUUCCAGGCCGUCGUCCUCGCCCUCUUCUACUUCAACGGCACCUACUACGAGCUCACCAAGCGCAUCCUCUCCCUGCGCUACGUCUUCACCCGCACCGUCCCCGACACCCCCGAUCGCGGCGGCUACGAGCUCCUCGGCGUCUUGCUCGCCAUUCAGAUGGCCGUCCAGGCCUUCCUGCACGUCCGCGACACCUUCUCCUCCGUCUCCGCCUCGGCACAGCGCGAGAGGCUGGGCUUCCACGCGGGAGAGCUGGACGUCUCUCUCAGCCACAACAACAACUACUCCGCCUCCAACAACGACCUCCUGCUCAGCGGCGUCGGCACCGUCGGGCCGCAGGCGACGAAAGUGGACAUUGCCACGACGACGCAUACCCCCGUGAGCGGCGUCCCGCGAUUCCACCUCGAAAACGAUUCGACAAUGGGGUAUAUCAAGGGCAGCCAGCAGCGCAAAUGCACCUUGUGCCUCGAGGAGAUGAAGGACCCUGCCGCCACGCAGUGCGGCCACGUCUUCUGCUGGGAAUGCAUAGGGGAUUGGGUGAGGGAGAAGCCCGAGUGUCCCCUGUGCAGACGCGAGGCCAUGGUGCAGCACAUACUCCCUUUACGC